AAAUAUCUGCAGAGAGGACCAUCUUAACUGAGUCUUUUGAGAGCUUAGAUAGAGAGAGAACUAUAUAAUUACACAUGUAUGUAAAGAGGAGAGAGGAGAGAGAAAGGGGUCAAUCAGAUGGUGCAGAAUCUGGGUGAUACUGAUGGUGUUACUUGUAGUAGUUUUUAUUAAUGGGUUUUGGUUUGUUUUACCUGGGUAGGAACUGGUUUGGGAUUUUUUGUGCAAUUAGGGUUUGAAAUUUUGUAUAGUCAUACAUACAUAUUACAUACUUUCCAAUAGUGUAGGAUAGCAUUAACAAAAGGUUGAAUUGAAGGUGGUUUUGCCUCUGCAGACAGGUGGUGUUGUUUAAGACCACCCCUUUGUUCUUCAGCUAUAUUUCAGAGAAUUGCAGAAAGCACAAGUUUUCUUCAGUUAUGCUUUUUGUCCCCAAACACAGAACAAUUCACAGCUAAAAUAAGGAGAUAAUAUGUAGAAAGAGUCCCGAAUAGUGAAAGAUCAGUUUGAUAAUGAAAAAUAUUUGAAAUUUGGAGGUUUGGUGCUGAUGGGUAUGUUGGAUCUUGAGGUAUAUAUGUAUGCUAGAUCUACAAAUCAAGCAGAUCAGUUUUGAUUUGUUCUCAAUGGGUUAUCCGUUGGUAUGAGGAUUCUAGGUAUAGGUGACAAGAACUCAAACCCAGGACAAUUUUGUCUGUUAGGGUUUAGACUUGUCAAAGAGAUGGAUUAGACAAGGUGUUUACUUGGUGUAAUGGCAAAAGCUUUUGCUCUUUGGUUGUUGAUUGCUUCUCUAAUCAUUUCUGUUUCUGCCAUAGACAAUGGCUUCUUGCAUUGUCAAUGCGACGACGAGGGGAUUUGGAGCAUAACUAGUAUUCUGGAGUACCAAAAAGUGAGUGAUUUCUUUAUUGCAGUAGCAUAUUUCUCGAUCCCCAUCGAGUUACUUUACUUCAUUAGCUGCUCGAGUGUACCGUUCAAAUGGGUACUUGUUCAAUUCAUUGCAUUCAUAGUCCUUUGUGGAUUGACCCAUUUGCUUAAUGGUUGGACAUAUUACGGUCCUCACUCCUUCCAGUUGAUGCUCUCUCUUACCAUUGCCAAAAUCCUCACAGCCCUUGUCUCAUGUGCAACUGCAAUAACGCUUCUGACACUGAUCCCUCUUCUCCUUAAACUGAAAGUAAGAGAACUUUUCUUGACACAAAAUGUGUUGGAACUAGACCAGGAGGUUGGGAUGAUGAAGAAACAGAAAGAAGCAAGCUGGCAUGUCAGAAUGCUGACCCAAGAAAUUAGGAAGUCGCUAGAUAAGCACACAAUAUUGUACACCACUCUGGUCGAGCUUUCCAAUACGUUGGAUCUGCAAAAUUGUGCCGUUUGGAUGCCGAAUGAGAAUAAAACUGAGAUGAACCUGACCCACGAGUUGAAAGCGAGUUCUUCGAACAGUUUCCAUCAUUCACUGCCUAUUAAUGACCCAGAUGUAUUAGAGACGAGAAACAAGAAGGGGGUGAGGAUUUUGAGGCCCAAUUCAGCACUUGGGGUUGCAAGCAUUGGUGGAUCUGGGGAAUCGGGUUCUAUUGCAGCAAUUAGGAUGCCAAUGCUUCGCAUUUCAAAUUUUAAAGGGGGGACUCCAGAGUUUGUCGAGACUUGUUACGCGAUAUUGGUUUUGGUUCUUCCAAGUGCAAAUAAUAGAGCUUGGAGCUAUAAUGAGAUGGAGAUAGUGGAAGUGGUUGCUGAUCAAGUGGCUGUGGCUCUCUCCCAUGCUGCAGUUCUUGAGGAAUCCCAACUAAUGAGAGAGAAACUGGAAGAGCAAAAUCAGAUGCUACAACAGGCUAAGGAGAACGCAUUGAUGGCAAGCCAGGCAAGAAACUCUUUCCAAAAAGUGAUGAGUCAUGGGAUGAGGAGGCCAAUGCACUCAAUCUUGGGCCUGCUUUCAAUGUUUCAAGAUGAUAGCUUGAGCUCUGAACAGAGAAUUAUUGUUGACACGAUGGUGAAAACUGGCAAUGUUCUUUCAGCUUUAAUAAAUGAUGUGAUGGAGAUUUCAGCUAAAGAUAAUGGAAGAUUUCCAUUAGAAAUGAGGCCUUUUCAGCUGCAUCAUAUGAUCAAGGAAUUUUCUUGUCUUAUCAAAUGCUUGUGUCUUUAUAAGGGCUUUGGUUUUUCUGUGAAUAUUCAGAAUCCUUUGCCCAAUCAGGUGGUGGGAGAUGAGAAGAGGACCUUUCAGGUCUUAUUGCAUAUGGUUAGGCAUGUAUUGAACGUCAGUGACAGAGGGAGGUCUGUCAUCUUUCAGGUUGUUUCCGAGAGAGGAAUUAAUGGCAGGAAUGAUAGAGGUUGGGGAAUGCUUAGACCAAGUACAACCAAUGAGUUUGUGAACCUAAAAUUUGAAAUUGAAAUCAGUGAUGGAGGUUCCCAAUUAAAUGAUGGCCCUGUAUCUACCUUAAAUUUUGCUGGUAAGAGUCACAACAGCAACAAUGCCAAGGACGGCCUGAGCUUUAACAUGUGCAGAAAGCUUGUACAGAUGCUGCAAGGUAAUAUCUGGAUAUCCUCGAAUUCUCAAGAUCGUGCACAAAGCAUGAAUUUUGCUCUCAAACUUCAAAUACAACCUUUUAGAAGAGCUAUGUUCGAUCUUGGAAAUUUGUCCGAGCAACCAAAAGUCAAUACUAUAUUCAAAGGCCUUAAAGCUAUUUUUGCUGAUGAUGAUGACAUAAACAGAACAGUGACCAAAAAGAUGCUCGAGAAACUUGGUUUCCAAGUAUCUGCUGUUUCAUCUGGGUCUGAAUGUUUGAGUGCCAUUGGCCCUACUGGGAAUUCAUUCCAAGUCGUCAUUUUGGAUAUUCAUAUGCCUGAAAUGGAUGGGUUUGAAGUGGCCAUGAGAAUCCGCAAGUUUCGCAGAAACAAUCAGCCAUUGAUCGUAGCCCUCACUGCAAGUGCUGAAGAACAUGUGUGGGAGAGAUGCUUACAGAUGGGAAUGAAUGGAGUCAUUCGAAAACCUGUUCUCUUAUCAGGAAUGGCUGAUGAGCUUCGAAGAGUCCUUCAACAGGCAAAUGAAGAAGCGUGAAAGUAGAAAAUUAAGAAGAUUUCGAAGAAACUCUUCAAAGUAUUUACUUGGGUAUUGGAUCAACUUGCCUGUGCAAGAUACCAGCAUUGAGGUGUAAGCAUUAUUUACGCUCGCCAUUGAACAUACUAUCGGGGCUAGUUUUCUUUAACCGUGUUCAUAAUUGAGCUUCACCCGCUUUAACUUUAUAGGAUGAAUAAUAGUUGUGUACUUUUAAACCAAAAAACUGUUUGUGUCGCAUCUAUAAAAUCACAAACUUCAUCAUGAUUCACAAAUUCACACUUUAUAAUCUAAUUGUAAAUUUGUGAUCCUUCAAGUCGGAUGCAUUUUCAGAAUGUUGUUGCUUGUGGACGAACAAUUAGAUGUUAUUUUGUCA